AUGGCGGCGGUCUGGAUGGCGUUGGCGGUGAUGCUGGUCGCUGCUGCUCAGGUGGCGGUGGCUGCCCCGGUGAUGGCGCCGGCCUUCCUCUGGGCGCCCAAGAACUACGGACUUAGUCCCAAUGAGGCUAAAGAAGUAGUCCACUAUCAGACAAUCUCCCCAAAGAGUUUAGCUGAUUCUGUUCUCGAGGAAGGUGGCUGGUCAAACUUGGUGUGUUCAAAGGAUGGUCCUCAAAAGAAUGUUGAUGUUGCAGUUCUUUUUCUUGGAUCAAAGCUACAAUCAUCAGACAUCUCUAAAGAUAAACAGGUCGAUCCUGCUUUAGCGGACAUACUAAAGCUGUCCUUCUCAAGCUCCGAGUUUUCCAUGGCAUUCCCUUAUGUUGCCAUGUCAGACGACGAAGCACUAGAGAACUCAUUGCUAUCUGGAUUUACUGAGAAUUGUGAGGAUGGUUCUGGAGGAAAUCAUAUCACUUACACAGACACGUGUACUGCAAGCAGUGAAAGUGUGAAGAAACAUCUGAACAUGGAUUCUGUUCAAGACUUGGUGAAGUCACGGAUGGGAAACAACCAACCAACUGAGCUAAUCGUCUUCUGUAGCGGUGGUUUCAAGGACAAUGCAAAAUCAGAAGGGCAGUUGCUUUUGGAUCUGGUUUCUGUUCUUGACAAGUCUGGGGCUAAAUACACAGUUCUUUACGCAUCUCAACCCUAUGGUUUGCUGGAGAAUCCUUCGGACCUGCCAUUAGCCAGGUAUCUUGCAGAGAAGACCAAUACAACUAAACCUGUCCUAGAGAAAUGCGAUGGAGAAUGUCAAUUAAAAUCAACUCUCCUGGAAGGAGUUUUUGUGGGUGUGGUGCUGCUUAUCAUCUUGAUAUCAGGACUUUGCUGCAUGAUGGGGAUCGAUACCCCGUCAAGGUUUGAGGCUCCCCAGGAUUAA